UGAGGUUCAGAUGGCGGUUAACGCAAGCACAGAGGUGGAACUGAGAUCCUUCCCAAACGUCUUCAGUGAGGCCACCAGAGAUGUGUUCUACGACGCCCAACUGUGGGUCUCUGCACUGCUAACAUCUCCAGGUUCCAGUUUUACCCGGGCCCAGCGUUUGUCCUGUUGCUUUACUCUACUGAACACCAUGAUGCUAUCCAGCGCCAUGUGGUACAGGGGAGACAACACAACUGCUGGUGCGACAGUAUACAACUUUGGGGUUGUACAGAUCACAACAGAGGAAUUGUAUAUCAGUCUCAUGUCUACCCUGACUGUUGCACCUGUGAACUUGCUGAUUGUGAAGCUGUUCCGCUGGGAGGCUUCCCUGUCUGUCCACACACCGGAGAUGGUAGUCCGUGCGUCCCAGGGAUACCUCCGGAGAUCCGUGUUUCGCCUGGCCAGGUACGUGGCCUGGGUAGCCGUGUUCCUGGUGUCCACCAGCUCCGGGUUCUUCGUCAUCCUGUACAGUAUGGACUGGGGGAGGGAGAAGAGCGACUCCUGGAUGAAGGCUUUCAUCAUGUCCUUCAUGGGGUCCAGCUGUGUCAUGGAGACCCUUCAGAUUUUUGCGAUGGCUGUGGUUCUGGCCACCGUGUGUGGCCUACCCUUCCUCAACAAACCACCGGCCAUUAGGAAGGACGACAUGCAGCUGAACCUGUGGAAUACGAAAGAUCCGAACGCCGGACCACUUUUACUCCUGGCUUGAAGAUGCCCUCUUGCCCACCCUCUACCCGGCUGCCUGGUACAACGGCGGGAAAAUGAAGUUCUUGGACCGACAGUUCGCACAUAACACCGAAUCCUUCCGCCUCGGCCCUCCGCGUUUGGUACAAGUUAGACAACUUCCAGGUACCAAGAAGACUGACAAACACAACGGUCUCGGCUGGACUUCUCUUCAUGGGAACGUGUCUAGCAACUGCUGGCGAUUUACAGUUCCAAACCUUGGGAACCACCCAGACUUCAACUCAGCCUGUACAAACCAUCACUCUCUUGACUUCCCCUUAGAUGCGAGUACGUCUGCGUCCGUUUUCAGUACGCUGAAAGAUUUUGAGUACGUCGACAAAUACACAAAGUCCUUGGAAAUUGACAUGAACUUUUAUAACCCCAACCUAAAGCAGUUCAGUGUGGUGAAGAUUUCCGUGGAUCAUCCCGACAUAGGGAACCUCAUGGCAACAUCAACAAUCACAGCGUUCAAAAUGUUUCAGUACGAAAGUGGGAAUGACUAUGUACAUCUACUUCUGCAUAUCGUCUUCGUUAUUCUAUUCUUCGUUAUGCUUUAUAAGGCAAUGAAGUCGGGGAAAGAACAGGGAUGGACAUAUUUCAUCUCGCCCUGGAAUAUUCUCGAAUGU